CCCUAACCCUUUUACUUCUUCCAUACUCCGAGUGGAUAAUCCGGCCCCAGGUUCUACUAUGCCCAUUAAGCUCCUCCCGCAGUUCCGUCUCCUCAACCCAUCUCUUCCGCUCACCCGUUUCCCUCUCAUGAAACUCGGAACUUCUCCUCAGUCGUUCCAGGCCGUGCCCGUUUUCUCUCGGAUCUUCCCGUUGAGGCUGAGGUACUCGGCGUUGGGGUCUCGUAGUACACACAAUGAACAACUUGGUGUACUACGGAGAUUCUCGACACGGCAGUUCCGAGCCAGGGCAGCGUCCGGAUCCGAGUUCAGGGCGGGUCGUGAGAGAGGGGAGGCUCGAGCUCCCAAGAGCUUGAUUGAGGACGAGGCGGAACUCAGUGACUGGGUCAGCGAGUUGAGGACCGACAAGUUCCGUGGGAAACUCACUAGCGAGGACGAAGCCUCGGACGCAGAUAAGACUCGGAGUAGAAUUAGGGUUAGAGAUAGAGAAAAGGGUGGGGAGCCGUUUCCAAUGAAACGAAGGAGGGAGAGUGGCUCGGGCGGGAUUGGUGUGCCAACUCGGAACAGAACUCGGACCCGAAAUGAUUCAUUUUCCAGAAAUGGUUCAUCUUCAAGAAAUGAUUCUUUUUCGAGAAAUGAUUCUUUUUCAAGAAAUGAUUCGUUUUCGAGAAGUUCACCAACGAUUGGGAGGUUUAACAAUGAGGAAGGUCUUUCACGGAGAAGGAACGACGGACCUCGAGGAGGGAACGGGAAUUCAUUGAGGGGAAAGAGAGGCGGGAGAGAUACGGAUUCGGGGUAUGCAAGAAGUAGAGGAGGUAGUGACGGCUUAAGAGAAGGCAGGAAGGAUUCAAGGAAGCAACCGCUGUGGAUGGAUGAUGAGGGUGAUAAUGAUGUUGUUGAAGAUGAGGAUGGAGAGAAGUUAAUGGCUGGUAUAGGGGAUUUGCUUAGCGAGGAAGACAGCGAUGGUGAAGAUGAUGAUGAUCAUCCAUUAUUGAAGAAGAGCGCGAAUGCUUUGUUUGGCUUAGAUAUGGAAGUUAGCGACAAGGCUACACCUAGGGUUUCACCUGGAAAGUCCGACUCUUAUUUAAGUGAAACUAGAUUUGAUCAGUGUACAGUAUCUCCUUUGUCCUUAAAGGGAAUCAAUGAUGCUGGAUAUGAGAAAAUGACUGUGGUACAGGAAGCAACUCUCCCAGUCAUACUGAAAGGAAAGGAUGUUAUGGCCAAGGCUAGAACAGGCACGGGAAAAACUGUAGCAUUUCUGCUUCCAUCUAUUGAAGUUGUUGUAAACUCACCGCCCAUUGGUCGAGAUCAAAAGCGUCCACCAAUCAUUGUGCUUGUAAUAUGCCCAACUCGAGAGCUUGCAUGCCAAGCUGCUGCAGAAGCUAACACUUUGUUGAAGUAUCAUCCUUCUAUUGGCGUUCAAGUUGUAAUUGGAGGAACAAGACUUGGUCUAGAACAGAAACGAAUGCAAGCAAACCCUUGCCAGAUUCUUGUUGCUACACCUGGAAGGCUCAGAGAUCAUAUUGAGAAUACCGCAGGUUUUGCAACAAGGCUGAUGGGUGUGAAAGUCCUCGUACUGGAUGAAGCUGAUCAUUUACUAGACAUGGGUUUUCGCAAAGACAUUGAAAAGAUUAUUGCUGCUGUUCCAAAACAACGACAGACACUGUUGUUUUCUGCCACUGUUCCAGAAGAGGUUCGUCAAAUCAGUCACAUUGCUUUGAAAAGAGAUCAUGAAUUUAUCAAUACAGUUCAAGAGGGCAGUGAGGAGACACAUUCUCAGGUCAGGCAGAUGCAUUUAGUUGCUCCAUUGGACAAGCAUUUUUCCCUACUGUAUGUUCUUUUAAAAGAGCAUAUUGCCGAUGAUGUUGACUAUAAGGUUCUUGUAUUCUGCACAACUGCCAUGGUUACACGAUUGGUUGCUGACCUUCUUGGGGAGCUGAACUUGAAUGUCAGAGAGAUCCAUUCUAGAAAGCCACAGAGUUACAGAACCAGGAUAUCUGAUGAAUUCAGAAAGUCAAAGGGGCUUAUCCUUGUGACUUCUGAUGUAUCUGCUCGUGGAGUAGAUUAUCCAGAUGUCACCCUUGUCAUACAGGUGGGCUUGCCAGCAGAUAGAGAGCAGUAUAUACAUCGACUUGGUAGAACAGGGCGUAAAGGUAAAGAAGGGCAAGGUAUAUUGUUACUAACCCCCUGGGAGGAGUUCUUUUUGUCUACUGUGAAGGAUUUGCCGUUAACGAAGGCUCCGGUGCCUACAGUUGAUCCAGACACUAAGAAAAAGGUUGAACGAGCGCUAUCCCAGGUGGAGAUGAAGAACAAAGAAGCAGCAUACCAGGCCUGGCUUGGUUAUUACAACUCCAAUAAGAAAAUCGGCCGGGACAAGCACAUGCUUGUUGAGCUUGCUAAUGAAUUCAGCCGAAGCAUGGGACUUGACAGCCCUCCUGCCAUUCCCAAGCUUGUUCUUGGCAAGAUGGGACUAAGAAAUGUUCCAGGUUUGCGGUCCAAAUAGAUGAAAACCUAAGGCGGUUUCUUUUUAGUCAUUUACCCAAUCAUGAAUUGAUUUUUUGGGGGAAAUUCUCUUGGAAAAAUAGUUUAUGUUGAAUGUAUUCUUUGAAAUUCCUUUGCUUUUUAAAAUUUGGUGCAUUUAUGUUCGU